UGCCCUUGUUUCUGUGAGCGAGCGUCCCGAGGGGAAGCAGCGCUCCGAGGGAGAGACGAGAGAGGGAGGAUGGGAGAGAGAAAAUGGCAAUGAUGGUUUGUAGGGCAGGCAUUUUCUAAGACGUGGGAAGUGAGUAAGGCAGAUGUAGGCAAAAGGAGAGAGAAGAAGAGUGAAAGAAAGUGAGGACUAUUAGAAGGGUAAGUGGUGUAAAGAAGAGAGACAAAAGAAAAGGAGUUACGGGGAAUAAGAGCGCAACAGAAGCAACGAUAGGUUGACGUGUCACCAUGACGACAGAAGCGGGCUCUGAGACAGAGGUGAAGGAGAAAGCCGAGGAGUCAGCCGCUGAGACCGACCAAUCGGAGAAGGCCUCAGAAGAAGCUCCGGAAGUGACUGCCGCCGAGGGAGAGGAGAAGGAGAAAGACGGGAAGGAGGGAAAAGGAAUAGCUCGAUACCUGCCAACAUGGCUUAAGAAGCAGAAGUCUCAGACCUCCCCGACAAAGGAGGAGCCAACCAACGGGGAAAGCGAUAGCAAGGACGCACAGGAAGAGGACGGGCCUGUCCCAGAAGUGAACGGUCACGCAGAGGAAGAGAACGAGGCAGUAAAGUCGGACCAAGUGAAGGAAAAAGAAGCAGAAUCUCAUUCCACAGCCAGCGCAGAAGACACCGAGCCUGCAAAGGAGGAGAAGGUGGAAGAGAGUGCUGAGAAAAGUCCCGAGGAGACCGCAGUGACAGAAGAAGGAGAGGGAGCGGAGGAGGAGGAGGAGAAGAAGGAGCAGGAAGGAGAAGGUGAAGCACAGGGAGAAGAAGGAGGAGGAGAGGAGGGCCAUACAUCUAUUUUCCAGUCUCCUCUUCGACUGGUGAGGAAGAACAAGAUGAAGCUGUCGGUGUGUCACGUGACGCUCCUGGAUGGGACAGACUUCACCUGCGAGGUGGAGAAACGUGCCAAGGGCCAAUUCCUCUUCUUUAAGGUGUGUGAGCACCUUAACCUCAUGGAGAAAGACUACUUUGGACUCGCUUACAUUGACAGCCAUGAACAGAAGUGUUGGUUGGAUCCCACUAAGGAAAUCAAGAGACAGAUACGCAGUAACAACUGGAAGUUCGCAUUCAGCGUCAAGUUUUACCCCCCCGACCCCUCACUGCUCACUGAAGACAUUACCAGGUACCUGUUGUGUCUGCAGCUCCGUGAAGAUGUGGCUUCGGGACGACUGCCUUGCUCCUUUGUCACUCACGCUCUGCUGGGGUCGUACACUCUGCAGGCAGAAGCCGGUGACUAUGAACCCGACCAGCCUCGGCCUCUGGACAACGUCGGUCAGCUGACCUUUGCGCCCAAUCAGAACAAAGAGAUGGAGGAGAAGAUUCUUGAACUCCACAAGUCCCACAGGGGAAUGACACCGGCACUAGCCGACGUCCAGUUUUUGGAAAAUGCCAAGAAGCUUUCCAUGUACGGGGUGGACCUGCACCAUGCUAAGGAUUCUGAGGGCGUGGACAUCAUGCUAGGUGUGUGCGCUAACGGACUCCUGGUUUACAAAGACAGGCUGCGGAUCAACCGCUUCGCCUGGCCCAAAAUCCUCAAGAUUUCAUACAAGAGGAACAACUUCUACAUUAAGAUCAGACCAGGAGAGGUGUCACAGGUGGGUUUCAAACUCCAGAAAUCACGCUUCUGCCAAAGGCUGUGGAAAGUCUGUGUGGAGAAUCACAGCUUCUUCAGAUUGAACGCACCCGAGCCCCCUGCCAAGGCCCGCUUCUUGACCCUGGGCUCCAAGUUCCGUUACAGCGGGCGGACCCAGGCCCAAACCCGCGUGGCCAGCUCCCUCAUAGACCGCCCCGAACCCUGCUUCGAACGCACCGCGUCCAAACGCAGCAGCCGCAGUCUGGAUGGAGCACCAAUGAUCAGCAUUACUGAAGCCACAUCUGAGAAUGGACGUGAUCCCCACCUGGAUCUCCACUCAGAUUCUAAGUCCAUCUUCAUGUUCCCUCUCUCUUUCUCCUCGUCAUCCUCCCUCUCCUCCCUCCCCCCUUCCCUCGACACCAUCUCCGAGUUCGACCGCGGCCUUUCCGACAUUUCCGAAGAUGAUGACCUUACCGACGACCUCACAGCGUCUCACUCGCUGUGGGCUCUCCCCUCGAACACCUUCUCUCUUUUCUCCGAUCAACAGUCUGCCGAUCUCGCACUAAACCCUCCGGCCUCCCCUAGAAGCUCCCAAACAAUCGUUUCCGAGGUUUCCUGCGUUGAGGAAGGCUGUGUGGCUGAAACUAAACCUCCAUUUACAAAUUGGUGCAGCUGGUUCUCCCUCAGGGGUGUCGUUAGAUAUGUCUCUUUCGUCCUGUGUUUUCUCUCCAUCGAGGGGAAAAACGGCAACAGGUUUCUGCCCAAACAACUCAUUUCAGGAUUAAUGAAGAAAUUACGCUUUUUAACCCUAAAACUCACUCCUAGAGAUAUCGUCACUCCCAGUUUACGCCAAAUUGGUAAUGGCUUGGCUCUAAAUUGGACCAGUUUCUGGGCGUUUCUAACAAGCUAUCUGUCGGCUAAAGCUACUAGCUUGGUUCCAGCUGUUCUUUGGCGGCCAAAACGACUUCACCUGCCCUCCAUUUCUUCUCUUUCCUGUCCUCCAAUUGCCUCUUCCUUAUCCUCCCUCCCCGCGCUUUCCUCUCUUCCCUCUUAUUUAUUUUCUGUUCCAUCUCUUUCCUCCUUCUCCCGCUCCAAUGUAUCCCCGUCCAUCCAUCGCUACCUCCUAAAUCCUUCCCCUCUCUUGUUGCCCUGCCUGCUCGUCGUCUUCCUGUUGGUCGUGAUGCUAACAGCAAGCCAGUCUUUAGUCCUAGCCUUAGUUUUAGCCACACCCCUCGGCCUGACCCUGUGUUACCUGGAGAACCUUGUGUCCAGUCAGCGAAAGGCAUUUUUGCCAACUUUUGACCCGGAAACGGCAAACGAUCAGUCCGAGCAUCCGCUAAGCUUUCCUCUCACGCCGACACACACACCUCCGCGUAUCAGACACCACACGAGCGCUACCAGGACGCAAGAGAUGUGUGAUCCCGCCGCAAGUCCAAACAGAGUGCAUGGGGACAAUAUUUAUGUGAGGCACAGUAAUUUAAUGUUGGAGGACCAUGAUAAGACCACGGACGAGGUUCUGAAACACCAAGCUAGCAUUAGCCAGCUAAAGCGCUCCUUUAUGGAGGCGCCACCUCCCUCUCCUCCUCAGCCCAACCAGUGGGAGAAACGUCUCACCUCCUCCCCCGCUCCAACGAUACGUAUUCAGCAGCAGCAGCAACAGCAAGUGAGUCUCGAGGAGGAGAUAGCUUCUGUACUCCUCAGUAGACACUCUGGCUAUUGUUCAGCGCCUCCUGCCUGCUGUACGCCUGAACCGACUCUAGAUGCUGAUAUAACCCCAGCUCCUACUUCCACUGAGGAAAGUGCGCCCCAACUGGAAGAUGUCCCCGCCACAGAAAACUUGAUCUCUGAAACCAAAGAACCUGCAAAGACGGCCGAAGUUGAAAUUGAAGAAACCGUUGUCGUCCAAGAGGUUUCCAUAGCGCCCAAACCCGGACUCGUCACGGUUACGAGCCCACAGGAAGUGACGGUGGAAAAAGAAGUAGUCGUAACGGUGGAAACAAAAGAGGCGAAGCAGGAGAGCGUUUCAUCGGAAAGCGAGAGCGAGGAAGAAGCGGAGUACCAUCCGAAUGUUUCCGUGUCUAUCUGCCACACACAAAUACCAGAGGAGGAAGAGGAGGAGGAGGAAGAAGAGAAGGAGGAGAAGGAGAAGGACGAGGAAAAGGGUGUGUCGGUUCCAGAUGCUCCUUCCCUUCCCGCUGAUGUAGAAGAAGAGGAGAUCGAGAAGAAGAAGAAGAAUGUAGUCGAGGAAGUAGAAGCUAAGAGCAACGAUGAUCCAAUCACAACACAGGCUACAAACGGUCACACCCUGCCGGAGGAAAGUGGUCUCGCCCCGGAAGAGGAGGAGGAGGAGGAAGAGGAAGAGCUGAAAAUGAACGGAGAAGCCUCUGUGGUGGAAGCAGGUCCCCGGCCGCAGGUUAUUUGUUGCUCCGAGCCACCUGUGGUAAAGACAGAAAUGGUGACUAUAUCAGACACGUUUGCAGCCCAGAAAACUGAGAUAGCUACAAAAGAAGUUCCCAUCGUACACACGGAAACCAAGACCAUCACAUACGAAGCCGCACAGUUGGAUGGUAACGGCGAUGGCGAGCCCGGUGUGCUGAUGACAGCUCAGACAAUCACCUCUGAAUCUCUGUGUACUACUACAACCACACACAUUACCAAGAUGUUAAAGGGCGGCUUAUCAGAGACGAGAAUUGAGAAACGCAUCGUCAUCACUGGAGACUGUGACAUCGACCACGACCAGGCACUGGCCCAGGCCAUUAAGGAGGCCAAAGAGCAGCAUCCUGACAUGUCUGUUACCAGAGUGGUGGUUCAUAAAGAAACUGAGCUGGCUGAGGAGGAGGAUUGACUGAACGCAGAGCUGAAGGACCCAUCGUGACUGUUUCCUCCGCUGACGUCGAGCGACCUUCAUCACCCUACGACAACCCUGACUGACUGAAGAGGAGGAGGAGGAGGAGGAGGAGGAGGAGAGCUGGAGAAACAGAAAGGAGACAAACGGAGAAAAGUCGCUCACGUCUUCCCUGUCCAUCGUUCUUACAUUUCUGAGGUGCAUCUGAAUCCCUCACUCCCAAACGAGAAAAAACUAAAAAAAAAUGACAUCUUCCGAGGGAACAAAAAAAAGAACCACUUUGUUAGAUUAACAUUUGUAGCGUGUUUUAAUUUUUUUUAAUAGUGUUUUUUUCUUUAACUGUUUUACAAAAAGAGAGGUAGUGUGUCUGUCAUGUAUUUCAAACUCAAAAACUGAAGGGAUGCACCGAUAACCAAAAAAUGAGUCAACGCAUUGAUUAUUUCUCAAUAGUCAAAAUAUAUAUUCCAGUUUUUUUUCAGAUGUAGAGGUACUGACAAUCACAAAUAUCUUUAUCAUUUUUUUUUUUAUAAAAAGGAAUAAAUAUGACGCUAAAGCUUUGUGCUUUUCUUUUACUGUAUCAGCAGUGGAAAAUUGGAAUUGGUGCAUUCCUUAGAAAAAAGUAAAAAAAAAGUUUUGUUUUAAAUUACAGCUCCCUCCCUCACUGACUGGUGUAAAUGGAGCGGAACACAAUGUAACAAAGUACUUAAAUAUUUAACAAUAACAAGUAAGAACUGCUCGUUUUUCAACAAAAUCAAACAGUCUUACUCAUAAAAUCCCUUUCACAGUCAAAUGACUAAUCACUAACAAUUAUGAAAAGAAAAAAGUAGGGAGCUGUAACUUAAUCUAUCAUAGUAAAAACAAAUCAACAACAUUUUGUUUCAAAUUUUUAUGAUUGUGUCUUUUUUUUCUGUAAGUAUAGUUGUUAUUCAUCCACAUUCCUUGUGUGUUGACUGGCUGCUGAGUGAGUUCAUUUUCAGUUAAAUCCACUUAAAUCUAAGAAGAGAAUUUACAUUUUGCCUUUCACUGUGGACGGGAAAGAAAAGGAAAAUGUAUUAAACGUGACACCAGACAGGUUGAAUUACUUCCUUGUGAUAUAUUUGUAAGUUUUACUGUAUUUAAGAAUUCACUUUUACUAAAUUGACUGAAAAUGAACUGACUUUAAAGCUAUACAACUCUCUGUACAGUAAAGAUAAAGGUUAUUAGCCGGAUGCAGCUUUUCGUUAGCUAAAUGCUCUCCCUGGACCCGCCCAUUGUACGACACUAGCCAUUCCUAUUGGGCCGCAGGGAAGCAAGGGAGCAGUCUUUUGAUUGGGAGAGAGGACCAGUAAACUGAAAGAUAAUUGGGAGAUAGGUGGCGCUGCGCAGUGCCAACUAACAACUUUGGGAAAAUACAUGUAAAGCAUAUUGGCCUUUACUCUCUGACAAGGGCAUGCUAUUCACUCAUGAUUUUUAUUUGAAUACUUUUAGGACAAUGUUUAAUACAAAAUGUGCAAAUUAAGCACAGGUACCAAACAGAGGACGUACAGUAAACUGAUAAACAGUCCAAAAUUCAGAUUUCUCUUUUGUUAAUUUGCAGCAGUUUGUCAUUAUAGUUCAGCACUUCAUCUCAUUCCCAGCUUCGUUUCAUAAAAAGCCAACCAACCCUGCCUGAUAAAAUAAGAUCUGGGAUUUAAUUGAGCAUGUCUUCACAUAUUUGUAUCUUAAGCGAGACUAGGUGGAAGGCUAAUGUGUUUGAUUGGUUUGAGAGUGUGUAGAUAACAGAUUAUUCUACAGUACGUCGAGAUAAGAUUCUCGACAGCGGCUUAUGUCGUAACUGAUUCACCGCAACCAAAAUAUUCUUCAGCAUUAAAGCGAUUUUGAUAUGUUCCUGACCUAUUUUACAAUCAGUUGCCAGUACACUACAAUCAGACAGUUACAACCAAAAAGUAAAAUGCUGCUUAAAGGGAAACGUAUCAGACUGUUUGAAGUGCUCUUGAAACCCCUUGAAUCUCAUGAUGUUUUAUUCAGUGUUUGGUGUCAUUUUACCGCAAAUAUUCCACAAAAAUGUGACUGUGUAAAUAUUGGUGGCAUUAAAUGUGAUAGAGCAAGGGGUCGACAAAGAUUUUCAUUGUAAGCUGCGGAAAAACAAAUUGUCCUGAAAUGUACACGUUUUUAGUGCCACAGAUUAAUUUGAAAACACUUCCCGACUAACUGGACAUAGAGGCAUUUUGAAUUAGAGACUUUUAUCGUUAGGAAAUAUUAAAACACAUUCUCCAUGUACCACUUGAUUGAGUGGUAAUGACUGCCUGGGCUUUCUAUGGGGACACAAUGGUCUGACCUUUUCUAUGCCGUUAAAUUCGGUUCCAGGUGAGGGGGAAGCUUCAACCUUUAACCCCCUAACGCCACAAAGCAGCAGAAAAACCUUUUCUAAAAACAACCAUGAAACGCUAGGCAGCUUUGGAACUUUCGCUAUCCAAAGGAAAGUCACACUUUGAAAAAGGAAUUGCUUGUAUCACAACAGCUAUAUUUGUAGAUUUGCUCAUUGUCUUAUCUCUGUGAAAUUGAUGUAGUUGGGAUGUAAUGGCGCCCUCUCUGAUAUUUGUAAUAUUGUCUCAGUGUUUUUGACAUUGAAGGAACACACCACUACAAGCCACCAUUUAUUUUUUGUACUUCUAGCCCCGGGUUUAACCUCUUUUGGGGGUCUGGGCUCUUUUAACCAAUCACAGGGGCUUUGGGUGGGCUGUGGGGUCUGGUUUUCCAAAAUGUGGACAUUUUAUUUGGUUCAUUAAAGAAUUGUCUCAAAUGAACGCGUUUCUAUAAGUAACUUUAUUAACAUUAAACACAGUAUAGACAAACUGGUGAAAGUUAUUAGUUACAGUGGCAGCUCCAUACAAACAUGGUAACAUUAAUAACAGAAAGAGAUGGUAUUAAUAAUAUAUAAUCAAAAGACAGUAUGUUGUUGUUUUCUUGUAUGAGGCUGAUGAAGUAGAUUAUUAUCUCAUGCUUUGUACCACAGAUUUGACCAUUUCAAUGACCAAUAAAACCAGCAUCAUUUUGAAUUUCAAUGACUUAAAAACUCAAAAGAAAAACUUUGUAUAAAACAAAAAACACUUUGGAAAACCAACCACAGCUGCCUCAUUGUUCUCUCUUUAGCCAACCAAUGAUCAUCAGAAGGGUUUUUCUAUCUAGCAGCUUAUUGUCUUGUGUCCCCCACGCACAGCCACUCCUCCCCUGUGUAACACUGUUUAAAUAAAGGAUUGUUAUACUCUGAAA